ACACGUCCCAUCAUCGUACUGCAAAUAUUGUCUUGUGUGAACCUUCCAUAGACUUCAAAGAUGCAGAUAGCGUGUUCGAAAGUCACAAACUGUCCAAAAUACAACCUAUGCGACUGGAUAUCAGGAAUAAAGCUGAACACAUCACUGUAAAACUGUAGAGGUGCAGAUAUUUCGCGCAGAAAGUUAUCACUUAACUCAGAAGACCCAACUAAUUUCAAGUAAAGGAGCAGGCCCAGCAGCACAAGUCAUGGUCUCGACAUUGGAUCAUCAACCUUGAGGGUGCUUGAGCGAUCUGGAGCAGUGACGACCAUAGAAUUCAUCCAAGUACCGGCUGGAUGCCAAUGCUCAAGUCCGAGAGUAGGCAGGAGGGGUCUCAUCCGAACCCUCGGUACUUCCUCCAGCCUGCACGGACUGCUCGUUCCACCUCUGACUACUUCGAAUUCGAGAACGAGGAUGAAGCUUUUCAACCAACUCUGCUUGAUUACGCGCAAUCACAAUGAUGUCAUCCAUAGAUGAUAAUGGCGUAUCGUGGGAGUGAAGAAUCGACGAUAGGUCAUCGGAGACAACGGGGUGACUCGGGGCGACGUCAGAAUUCGCGUUCGAUACGUGUUUGAAUCCGGAAACAUUGCAGGGCAAAAUGGUGUCAGAUUCAAGGGUCGAAGGGUGGUGAUAUGUAUAUGGUACUGGAAUUAUCUCGCUCUUGGCAGAGUUUCGGCGACAUCGAAAGAGAACAAAGAUGAGUCCAGCAAGGAUAAUCACUCCGCCUACAACCGCUCCAAUGAUUAUGUAAGUGAGAGGAGAGUGACCAUGGGAUGAACUAGGAAGGGGGGACGAGUAUGAUGUUGAUAAACUUGAGCUAUGACUUGACGAGCUGGGUGGUAUAAACGCGGUGGUGGCGCUACUUUUGAUUACGUUGGUGGACUGCGAAUCGGUCGGCAUCGGCGAGGAGAUAGGUGGGUAUGCGGGGGUCUGAGGUCCCGGCUGCGACGCUAACGGAAAAUAAGUGGAUUCGGGCACCAGAGUGGUUGUAGACGAGGAUGUGGUGUACUCAGACGCUGUCGUCGACGUUGACGCUAACGGUAACGAUAAAAGGGGAUCGGAUGUAUCAAUACCAGUAGGCCCAGGUCCAAAAACUAUCUCAGUCGUCCACGCCGUAGAACUAGCUUGAAUGAUAGGCCCUAUUAUGCCUACAGAUUCCCCCAACAACAUGGGCUCAGAUGCUUUCAUUGUCGGUUGCCUUGCCUCUAGUACUUUAGCAGACGAGCCCGUCACACCUUGAUAUUCUUCAACAAAUUGGGCGGAGAUGGAUGACUGAGA